CUCACUCCCACUCGGUGAUGGUGUGAAUUCUUAUCUGUCUCUAUAUGUGCCCUGUGAUUGACAGCUGACAAGUCUGCCUUUUGCCCCAAGAUUUCUGGGAUCGGCUCAGACUUCACUGGAGAGGAUAAGUGGUUUGAGGGCGACAGAUCGGACCAGGCCACGCAGGCGGUACCGUUACUGCCUGACGAGCGGACCUCCCCAACCCCCCCAAAAGGCUCCCAGGGAAGAGGAGGUUCCAGGUCCGACAUGGCUGUCAAAGUGUACCAACUUGUCAGAAUACCUACUCAGACUUCGUCUGUCCAGGUCACUUUCCUCCCCUCCGUCUCCGCCUCCUCCUCCCUACCUCUCAUUCACCUCCAGCCUAGUUGCCAUGGAGAGCUCAUCAGUGGCAUCAGCGUCGUCCGAGGCGGGGAGCACUCGCUCGCAGGAGAUCGAGGAGCUGGAGCGCUUCAUCGACAGCUACGUGCUGGAGUACCAGGUGCAGGGCCUUCUGGGAGACAAGGCGGAUGGAGACUUGAAUCAGGACGAUGAAGGAAAGGGGCCACAGUGGACGGACGACUGCAACUACAGCAAAGAUGACAGCUGGACUUCAUCCCAGGGGAGAGAUUUCUCCAAACCAGUAAUUGAUGAGUGGGAUAACAGCAGUAACGGCAGCACGGGCUCCAGGCCCAGUUCUGGAUCCAGACCUGGCUCUGGCUCCCGAUCUGGCAGCAGGGGGCGAAACAACCAGUUCAAAUGCUCCUCCAAGAAUGGCAACAGAGAUGGUUCCUUUGACAUCCUGGGCACAGACAUAUGGGCCGCUAACACCCUCGACUCACUCGGAGGUACAGGUUGGGAUGUGCAGCCAGAUAAGCUGGACUUCAGCCACUUCCACAGAAAACACCUGAGAGGUGCACCAAAGCAUCUGCCGCACAUUGACAGAGAGGGGGUGAGCAAAAACACGUUUGAAGAAGAUGACGGCAUAGACAUGAAUGACAUAGAGAGGUUCCUGCCCCAUCUGUGCUCUGUCUUCCCACCCCUUCCUAAUGAGGCUGAGAUCGCGCACACCAAAAAGCUCUUCCGACGCAAGAGGAAUGACCGACGGAGACAACAGCGACCUCAAGGAGGGAAGAACCAGAGCCCACACCCGUCUCCGCAACAUCAACGGGAUCAAACCCAACAGCAGUCACCGAACCCAACAGAAGCAGGAGACAAUAGAAACAAUGGCUCUGUGCGGUCUCCUCGCCAGUAUCAAGGAGGACACGGGCAACGCCAAGGAGGAACCUCGCACGGAUACAGUCAGAACAGACGUUGGCACCCCAAUCAGAAAGGCCACGGACAGCAAAACCUGUCAAUUUCUGAUAAAGGAGUACCACCGAGAGCAACCAAAGACACGACAGAGAAUGUAAAAGUGGGUAACAAGCAGAUCCGACAGAUGGAGGAGCCUCGAGACUGCAAGAGUCCCCGUGACUCACCCAGAUCUGAGUCAGCGCUUAACACAAACGCUUCCUCAGAUCUGACAGGCAAAAAUUCUCCCAGCCCAUGGGGGACCAGCACGUCAAGCAAGGGGCAGUCCAUAGAGCCCCGUAUCAGCUUGCUGCAGUCGUCAAAGGAGAGGCUGAGGAGGAGACUGAAGGACAAGGAGGAGGCGCUCACAGAAGCAUCCGGCUCACAGAGCAUGGACCGCCUGGUCAAGCUACUCAACAGCAUGAGGAGGAACAGCAGCGGCGUGGAGGAGCAGCUGGCCUCCUUCAUGGAGGAAGCGCAGAACUCGGCACAGUCGGAGGAGACCUUGUCUCAAGUGGUCAGCGCCAUCUACAGCAAGGCCGUCUCGGACCGGAGCUUCGCCGCCACUGCCGCGAAGCUUUGCGACAAGAUGGCGCUGUUCAUGGUGGAGGGGACCAAGUUUAGGUCGCUGCUUCUCAACAUGUUCCAGAGGGACUUCGCCCGCCGCGAGGAGAUCCAGAAGUCGGACGUGGAGAUGUGGUUGGGUUUCAUCACUUUCCUGUGUGAGGUGUUUGGAACAAUGAUGAGCAGUUCCGGGCAGCCAUUCCGGGUACUCGUCUGUCCCAUCUAUACCUGCCUACGAGAGCUGUUGCAGUCCAAAGACGUCAAGGAGGACGCCGUGCUGUGCUGCUCCAUGGAGCUGCAGAGCGCAGGGCGCCUCCUGGAGGAGCAGCUCCCCGAAAUGAUGACGGAGCUCCUGGCGGCUGUGCGGGACAAGAUGCUGUGCCCGGCCGAGUCGCCGCUGACCCGCUCUCUCCUCAUGGAGGUGGUGGAGCUGCACGCGCACCGCUGGAGCCCCCUGGAGGCGUUCACCACGCAGUACUACGACCGCACCAUCCAAAAGCUCACCACCACGGCCUAACGCUUCUAAACAGACCCAAAAUUAUGAAUUUGAACUGUGCAAUCCCAGUCGGUGAAGAUAUAGGAGGCUGAGAGUGAUGAUGCUUGGCCACUAGGGGCAGUGUAGCCCACAUGGGCGCUGGGAUAAAAGCGAGGGCUGGUGGUGGUGGGGGAAGAUGGCAGCAGCCUGUCUGUUGGGAAUAGAGAGAUUUUAUAGAGGAGGAGGGUCAGGGUGUCCGUGUCGGUCUCUUCAUUGUGUUCAUUUGUCCACCCCAGCCCCCCCGACCCCACUCUGCGCGCCUCCAUGCCUCCUGCAGCCCUCGUGGCUGAUAAAAGAGAGAAAAAAAUAGGGGGAGGCAGGGAGCAGACGCGAUGCUGUCUGUAUGUCUGGGCCGUCUGCCCUCCCUUCCACAUGGACCUGGGUCACGAGGUCUCGCCGCGGGACUCCCACACGGCUCCGCCCCCUGCCUUUGUCUCCCCCCCUCCUUUAGCAGGAAGCCUUUUUGUGCGGAUGAGACAGCGGGCCUGCUGGGCCAGGCUGGGCUCAGGAUAAGGAUCAGGCUGGCUAGAGUAGGGUGGCAGAUGGCGGAUUGAGCCCUUGUGGGACACACACACACACACUACAUCCAGGCGUUCUGCUCCCCAUAGCAAAAGAGGAAAUUGGGGGUCGGCAGCAUUAGAGAAUUAAAAAAACACACACUGCUGUUAAUUCUUUUUGUUUUUGUCUCCCAAGCCGAGCAUCUCCCCUCAAGUGUAACACCACCCUUUUAUUUUUUUGUAUUUAUAUACUGUAUUUGACUAUUUCAUUCUUACCAAGGACUAUGGGGGCCACGCUGAAAAGAAAAAAUUGUCAAAUUCCGGGGGGGAAAGUCAUAGAGUGACGAGAAUAAUGUCGUAGUCUUACGGGAAGAAAAUUAUACCAUAAAUAAAAUUAAUAGGCAAAGUCAUUUUUCGAAAGAAUUGUAAUCUUACGAGAAUGAAGUGAUCUUUGAGAAAAGUAGUCGUGUCGUGAGAACAAAGAUUACAGUCAUAAUGUAAUACUGCGAUAAAAUAUUUAUAAUAAUAUGCACCUGGGGAUAGGCUGAUUGGCAACACUAAAUAGUCCCUAUUGUGUGAAUGUUGUCUGUCUAUCUGUGUUGGCCCUUCGAUGAGGUGGCGACUUGUCUAGGGUGUACCGCGCCUUCCACCCGAAUGCAGCUGAGAUAGGCUCCAGCACCCCCCGCGACCCUGUAAGGGACAAGCGGUAGGAAAUGGAUGGAUGGAUGGAUGGUCUAACGUACUAUUACAGGAAUAAAGUAUGUCUUUCUUCAAGGAAAGUAGUCGUGUUAUGAAAACAAAGAAUGCAGUCGUAAUGUUGCGCUAAUAAUCUAAUACUCCGUUAAGUAUUCAGGGUAUUACGCACUAAUGUACUAUUAGGGAAAAAGUCACAAUUUUAUACAAAUAAGGUAAGACUGCUAUAAAAAUGUGUAAUAUUGUAGACUAACAUAUUACGAAAAAAAAAUGCAUAAUGUUACAUGAAUAAUGUAAUACUGCAAUAAAAGAUUUGUAAUAUUGUGGACUAAUGUACAAUUAAGAGAAAAGAGUUGUAAUAUUACCAGAAAAUGGUAAUGUUAAGCGAAUAAUGUAAUACUGCGAUAAAAGGGUCGUAAUAUUAUGUACAAAUGUACUAUUACCAGAAACACUGCGUAAUGUUACACAAAUAAUGUGUGAUAAAAGAUUGGUAUUACUAUGGACUAAUGUACUACAAUGAGAAAUAAGUUGUCGUGUUACAAGAGCAAAGUUGUAACGUUACGUGAGUAAAGAUGUAAUUUACGAAAAAGUCAUAAUUUUAGACUUUACAUAUUACAUGAAAAAGUGGAAAUGUUAGGCAAAUUAAGUCGUAAUAUAACAAGGCAAUAUUGAGAAUACAGUCAUGUGAAUUAAGAUGUCAUUUACCGUAUUACCAUAGGGCGCAUUGAAAAUGAGCGGGUGUAGUCAGGUCUACUUUCAUACAAAAGGCGCACCAGAUCAUUAGGCGGUGGUCAUAUUAUGAUUUUUUUCUAAAUUUAAAACACCUCCUUGUGGUAUACAUAACAUGUAAUGGUGGUUCUUUGGUCAAAAUGUUGCAUAGAUUAUGUUUUACAGACCAUCUUCAAGUCGCUUUCUGACAGUCGCUUCAGGAUGCGCCGUUUUGUGGUCGGUCUUAUUUACGGGGCUCACCUUCGACAGCGUCUUCUCCCCGUCAUCUUUGUUGUAGCGUGCAAGGACGGGAGUCGAAAAAUAAUCAAGAGAUGGAGCUAACUGUUUUAAUGACAUUCAGACUUUACUUAAAUCAAUAACGGAGCAGCAUCUCCUCAUCCGUGGCUCACUAGUGCAACAAGAACGCCGGAAACGUGUCCCGUUAAAAACCGUCCGACCGGAAGUCUCUAAUAACUAAAGUUCUGUGGGUGAAUAAUGUAAACUCACUACACCGGUAGUUUUUAGCGCUUCCAUAGAGAGUCUACUGACAGAUAUAAGUUAGAACUUUACACUACUUUAUAUUGGUAAUGGAGGAUGAAUGCCCUAUAACAAGAAGAUAUAGAAAAAGAAGCUUACGGACUACAACGGUGGACACGCGCAAAUUUUCGGGGCAUAUGCAGAUCCCAAAUACAGAUCAGCAGGUACCAGAAGAUUAGAAAAGUUGGUUUUGCUUAAUAUUGCAAAACAAAACGCCAGAUAAAAUGUCUGCUAAUGUGUGCCAUUGUGCGGUCAUUAUACACACACCAUAAUAAUACUUGUGUGUCUGACUAUGGUAGCAUUAAUAAUGCACCAACAAACCAUCAAGCGGUGCAACUUCAUAGCUUACCAAAGUCGUACUAAAACAUGUUGACAGAUUUUUAAGCGCUGUGUGUAAUGUUCUAUAUUCUCCAUGGAACAUUUAAAGUGUUGGUGUUGUCUACUGGCGUCAUAUUGCAGUCUACAUGUAUCUCUUAUGUGUUACUACCAUCUGCUGGUCACACUUAUCAUUACACCAUGUACCAAAUAAAAUUGCUUCGAGGUCGGUAAGCACAACCAGAGUCAUUCCGUACAUUAGGCACACCGGGCUAUAAGGCGCACUGUCGAUUUUUGAGAAAUUUUAAGGAUUUUAAGUGCGACUCAUAGUCUAAAUAUAUGUUAUGAUAAAGCUGUGAAUAUUAAGGGCAAAAGUUGUCACGCAAAUGAAGUCCUAAUACAACAAAAAAGUUUAAUAUGAGAAGAAAGCAAUGUUAUGUGAAUAAAGACGUGAUUUACACGAAAGUCUUGAUUUUAGGAUAAUAAAGCUGUAAAUAUUACGAGGAAAAGUGUUGCACUAACGAAGUUGUAAAAUAACAAUAAAGUCGUAUCGUUAUGUGAAGGUGGCUAUAAUUUGCGACGAAGUUUAAUCAUUUCAUAACAACAACACUGUAUUGUUACAAGGGAGGAAAAGUCGCAAAGUUGUGCAAAUGAAGUUUUAAUAACAAUGUAAUGUUAUGUGAAUAAUGUCAUUUAAGACAAAACGUUUUACAAUAAAGUUGUAAUGUUGUACAAUUAAGUUGUAGAUUUAAGCGGAAAAGUAAUAUUUUUCCAGAAAUAAGUCGCUAUGGAAAUAAAGUCACAAGGUUUCAGAGGGAAAAAAAGUCUUUAACAUUCUGUAAUAAUUGUAAUAUUCUGAAAGUCAAGUUGUGACGUUAGAAGGAAACGUGACGUCAGAAUUUUUUCGGAAUGUCGUAAGAUUUUGUGCAAUUAAAGUGGUUAUAUUAAAGAAAAAUAGUCAGAAGUUUGCAAGAAUGAAGUUGUAACGUUAGCUGAGUAAAAAUGAGAGAUUAGUAAAAAAAAGUCGGAAUCUUACAAUGACUUUAAUUACAAACGUUUCAGAGAAAAAUGGCGUAAUGCUAACGUUGUAACAUUAUGCCUGUAAUGCCUGAAUGUUUUAGGAAAAGUCAUCAUUUUAGGAUAUACAAUUGUAAUUGCAUGAUACAGUUGUAAUAUUUCAAGGAAAAGUCGCAUAUUUGUGUUACAGCAAGUACAAGCUCAAAUGAUAUGGAAAUGAAGUUGUACAGAUAAGCUAAUUAAGUUCAAAUAUUGCAACAAACAAAAAAGAAAAAAUGAUAUCAUGAGAACAAAGUGCUGUAGCAAUGUUACGAUAAUUAAAAUAGUAAUUCAAUUUCCAACAAUAAUGAUCGCAUUAGAGGCUACUCCCGUAUUAAAUAUUUACUGUGACCUUAUUCUCGUAAUUCAGACUAUUCUCAACUAUGACAAUUUGAUUUCAGCGUUGCCCUGAUAUAAUUUACAUUACAUUGUCAAGCCUUGAUUUUAUGAUUUUCAACAUGUAUGUAUGAGAUCUAUUAUUAUUAGCGCUAGGCCAUAUUGCACGUUUGAGUUGUUUGCACUGUUGUGAGGCAGUUUGCUUUAAACAGACAAAAAAAAAUCAGUAAAAGGAAAUUGUUCGUAAGCUAAAAGAAAAUAGGAAAAAAUGGGGGGAGGCAAAUCAAAGGUAGUUGACAUUUACCUGCCCUUUUGCCGUGAAUAUUUGGUGUGCGUUCAAUAUUGACACUAGUUGAUCAUUUUUUUGGUGUUUCAGGAAAAAAAUGUCAUUUAUUAACCUGUGUAUUGGAAGACGACCUAGCCAAAAAUAUCUAUCUCUUUAUAUCUAUAUGUACACACAGAGCUAACUAAUGUGCACUGUGAUUGGUCACACAGCAUCUGUGAAUUGGCUCUCUGUGAUCUGUGUUGAGUAUAUUUGCAAGUAUUUAAAUAUCAUUGAAGUGCCGGGAGUCCGCAAACAAGAUGUGACGGGGUAAAAAACAUUAUCCCGUGCAUUUUAAUCAUUAAUUAGCUUGCUUUCAUGAACAAUCACACACAAACGGUGUCCCAAUUCAGUGGCUACAUGUUACUCAUUUCGCAUAUUUUCACAGAAGUUUGUGCUGCCAUAUUUUAAACAUGUUUUUCCUUAUCUUGGGAUUUAAGGAGGCCGUUUGAUAGUAGCGAUGCAUCCAGUAAAAAGCGUCAAAAGAAGGCUGCAUUUGAAGGAAAUUUCAAAUUAGAUAUGUUUUAUUAUCUGUACAUAUUUUAUUUUGCCGUCGCAUUCUUAAGAACUUUUUGAAACUGUUUGAAAUUGUGAUAUUUCGACAACAAGAAUAAAGGGAGAAAAAAGUUGAACUGUUACAGCUAUCUGGAUAUUAUAAGAACAAAAAGAACAAGAAUUAGACCCCGUUUACACUAAGCCUGAUAAGGUUAUCCAGGGUAAAACACAACUUACCUUAUCCGUGUCCACACACAACAAUGCCACCGUUUAAGACCCCAUCACCGCUCCGUCCGCCGGCGCAACGCGACCUAGUACGCAUGCGCGGAAAAUGCGCACGUCAUAGUCACCUCCAGUGUUGCUUUGUGUGCAAGUUCUUCAAUUUAACUUAUCUGAACAAUAUCCAGUGUUGUGGUAUUUCAAUUACUUGGAAUCCAGUGUGCUGUGGGGCCCUAUUGUAGUGAAUCACACCUGAGACAUCAUAAAUUAAUCUUUAUUGGAUACGUGAAAGUAAACAAUGUGAUUAAGAACAUUUUAUAUCACAAUAACUGAUACAGUCUGCUUUGCCAGUCCAAAUGCAUUUGAUGUUUUCCAUAGUUUUCCCUCGACGGCCAAGUUAUAUAAAGCACGCGCUACCUUUUUUAUCACAUCCACGGGAGCCCGCAUUUUCGUUGUCUCUCCUUCGACAAAUGGACAAAGUUUUUCGCUAAGUAGAAUCACAGCUGACCUGGACAUUCAAAAGUUCUCUUGCCGUCUGAGAAGUGUUGUAUCCCAAAUAGCUGCAAUCGCGCGUUUUUUCUCUUAAGGUAUUCAUGUGUGAUUUCCACAAGCGUCUGUACAGACGGAAGGAGAAAAACGGGCACGUCUGGAUGACUCUCCUUCAUAUUUCCAGUGGUUAGCUCUGAGUUAUGAAACCGCUUCAUUAUGAAGCUGGCUGUGGCGCGUUCUUUCUGACAUCACUUCCUGUGUGGGUCAUGGUCUUUAGGGCGUUACUUCCUCUCCAAACUCAGUUUGUGAACGAUCAAUGAGUCCGUACAAAGUUAAGGGCCGGAGAUUCAAGAAAUACACGGCGCACUUAUCCGUUCAAAAAAUUGUCCGAGGAGGGGAACCUUAAACGAUGGUUUGGUGUGGUUGAAACGGGUCUUAGGCUAAAUAAUUAUUCGUUUAAGGGGUUAAACGACUUAGUGUAGACAUAGCCUUAGAGGGAGAAAAAAGUCUCGGAAUGUUAUGAGUCAAUAACACGAGGGAAAAAAGCGUAGAUUUCUGUGCCUAAGGUUGUAAUGUUACAGAAAGAACUCUGUAAUGUUACGUGAAGACAUAGAUAAAAAGGUAAUUUACGAAGAAAAAGUCUUAAUCUUGCAGUGAAUUUGUAAUAUUAUGCGAUUGUCAUUUUAAUGCUAUAGGAAUGACGUCGCAAUGUAAGGCAAGUUAAAGUGAAAAAAAGUUGUCAUGUUAAAAGAAUAAUGUUUACUUUUCGUGACUAUAGGUCAGUGGUUCUUAACCUGGGUUCGAUCGAACCCUAGGGGUUCGGUGAGUCGGCCUCAGGGGUUCGGCAGAGCCUCCGCCACGGAGGUAUAGACACAUCCAAAUUAUCGUGUAAAUAAAAACUUCUCCCUAUCGGCGUAUUAUGGAUACCCCCAAACAAUGUUCCCUCUAAUUUUCCAUCUGAUUUGUAGGUUUUUUGAUUGAUUGAUUGAAACUUUUACUAGCAGAUUGCAAAGGAAGAGAAUACAUUAUAUGAAACAGUACAGUUUACACAGUACAGUACAUAUUCCGUAUAAUUGACCACUAAAUGGUAACACCCCAAUAAGUUUUUCAACUUGUUUAUGUCGGGGUCCACGUUAAUCAAUUCAUGGUAAUGUGUUUAAGGUGUGUAAUUUGUUGUGAGUUCAUGCACUGUGUUGGUUUUGUUCUUUGAACAAGGUGAUGUUCAUGCACGGUUCAUUUUGUGCACCAGUAAAAAAAACAUAACUUUUUCUUGAAUUAGAAAAAAAAAAAAGAACAUUUUAUUUUUCACUAAAGAAGGGUUCGGUGAAUGCGCAUAUGAAACUGGUGGGUUUCGGUACCUCCAACAAGGUUAAGAACCACUGCUCUAGGCACAAGUGUAACACGUUUUAUUGUGUGCUGCUGUAUUUAAAUAUUUGUUUUCAUCAUCAGGACAAGGACGGCGAAGGAUAGUAGCAAUAUGUCCUACAAAAAAAACAUGAAAAGAAGGCUACAUUUGAAGGAAUCUUUGAAUUGUUGCUUUUUAGCGUCGCUUUAAAAAUGCAGCCUCUGAGUUGGGACACGGCUUCACACGCGUAGGAGUGUAACGCUACUAAGACGUCUGUGCUCAUUUAAGCUAACAAACUAACUUUUUUUAACACUGUUUUAAGUGCCUUACAAGUAAUUGAACAGAGAAGCCAAACUAUGUAUCCAGCAUGUAGGCCUUAGCGUCGCUCAUUAGCAUUAGCUUAGCCUCGCAUGUUGCUAACUUGUCAAGUAGCCUUCCACUCCUUGCGUGUGCUCACACUACAUUUUUGUUUUAAAGUGUUAUUUUCUCUUUGUCUUGCAUCAAGAAUUCUAAUAUUGUGUGGUAGAAACACAAGGGAGAUGAGGUUGUAUUUUACUUUGAUUUCUAGCUUGGUAUUUAAGUUAAGCUCAUAUAUGUUAUACAUGUUUUCGAGACUUCUGAAACAGUUGUGAUACCUAGCUUGCGGGUAAGUGUGGUAUUACUGUGUUUUAGUCAAUGACAAUAAUACGCAUACCGGGGUCACUUUUUGUUAUGCAAAAACCAUGUACCAGAUUGGGGGCAGGAAGGGAUGGAGAUGCCCACCAGCCCCCUCAUCGUCAUCCUUGUCUGCCCCUCUAAUGGAAGCCCCCCAGUCCCUCCACCCUGCCUGCCCUUAGACCCCUUUUCUCGGGGGUCACAUGACGUAUGAAUGGGACGCGGCGCCAUUUUUUUGCAUAUUGUCAUGAAUAUUAAACAAAACUGUUGGAGGCUCCAGACUACUAGACUUUCUGUGAGCAAGUGGAAAAUAAAAAGAAGAGGGGGAAAAAAGA